AUUGUUAUCAGUGCACGACAUGUGAGUGUGGGAGAUGUGCAUUUGUUACACAUGUACAAUGUGUUUUUGAUCUGUGUGCGAUUAUCUUCCGAAGUAAAAAACAAUAUAGAAGUUAUUUAGGAGUCAGAGAUCUGACCAUCUAGUGGUGAACUCAGUCGGAUUUUGUUCGAGAGAAGUGAUCGUCGCAACGUUUUCGUCUUUCGUUUUUAUCAACGCGACAAUACAAGCAUCAGCAAUGAAUUCCUUACCACCUACCUACGUCGAAGGCUUUCAUGACCUUAAAGCAGUGAAAGCUAUGAAAUAUAAGAAGCUCGGAAAAACCGACUUGAUGGUCAGCAAACUUGCUUUUGGCGGUGGUCCACUCGGUUUUCAUUAUAGCACGUACGAUGAGACAAAUGCUAUAGAGGCAGUGCGACAAGCGAUUAAACAGGGUGUCAAUUAUAUUGAUACAGCACCGUUUUACGGCCAAGGUCGAUCCGAGGAAACGCUUGGCAAGGCGUUAAAAGGAAUUCCGCGACAAGCUUACUAUAUCGCGACAAAAGUCGGCAGGUAUGAAAUGGAUUAUGAGAACAUGUUCGAUUUUACGGUCGAGAAAACUAGAAAGAGUAUCGAGAAGAGUUUGAAAUUAUUGGGCGUGGAUUACAUCGAUGUUAUCCAGGUCCACGAUAUCGAGUUCGGGCCAUCGUUAGACAUAAUCCUCACGCAAACUUUGCCGGAAUUAUCGAAACAGGUAGCCAAUGGUAAAGCUAAAUAUAUUGGCGUAACCGGAUAUCCGGUGACUGUAUUGAAAGAAUGCGUCGAGAGGAGCAACAUCAAUAUAUCUUGCAUAUUAAGCUACACAAGGCUCACCUUGAUCGACGAUACUUUGUUGGAGUACGUCCCGUUUUUCAAGGAACACGAUAUUGGUUUGAUUAACGCCGCAUUGCUAUGUAUGGCUAUUUUAACGAAUUACAAUCCGCCAAGUUGGCAUCCUGCCUCUGAAGAGACGAAGCGGCAAUGUGCAAAUGCUGCGCAAUAUUGCAAGGAUCGAAAUGUAGACUUGUCUCGACUAGCGAUAUGGUAUUCGCUACAAUACGCAGAUGCGGAUACCAAUUUGGUCGGAAUACAAAGCACGAAACAGUUAGAAAUGAACUUGGAUGUGCUACUGAAUGGUAUCACGGAGAAGGAAAAAAUAGUGUUGCAAGAGAUUCGAGAGAAAUUUUUGUCGAAAAUAAAAAAUCAACACUGGGAAGGUAAAGAGGUCGCAAUGUAUCGAGAACACAUGAAAAAUAAACUGUGAGAGGAGCGUUUUCGAUUUUGACAUUUC